GGAGAAAUGGUAAAGGAUAUCACCCCAGAACUAGCUCAAGCAGUCAUAAAUGGAAAAUUCUUACACUGAAAAGACAUUCAUGACCAUACUUGCGAGUAUGAGGCUAUUGAAAGAUUCUUCAAAGUGAUGAACAUUGCAUGGAAGUUCUAUCUGCCAAUUCAUGCUAUUCCUACCUUAACUUUCCAGUUCAAGUUAUUAAGAAAGAGGCCUUUUCAAUUUUGCUACAAAUUAAGCAAGAAUGUGCUGAGAUCAUGCCUAUUUUUGGCAACCUACAUCGUAGUCUUCAGGUACGGUCUCUGAUUCUUCAAGAAUCUUAGAGGUAAAAUUGACAGAAGAGUAGUUAUCUACUCUGGCUUCAUCAGUGGAUUUGGCCUCUGCUGGGAGCCACAAGGCAGAAGAACAGAGCUUGCUCUGUACUUCCUACCUCGUUUCAUUGAAGCCUUCUGGGCUUGGUGCAAAAAGAGACAAUGGGUUACUCCAAUCCCAUACGGAGAAGUGAUUCUCUUUGCUAUAGCAAUGGCUAUUCUUAUGUAUUGCUACCAAAACGAACAGAAGAAUAUCAAGAAGACCUACCUAUCCAUCUUCAAAUACUUCUGGGGAGAAAACUAAGAGGUGUACAUCGAGCAAUGACGUAUUUUCAAUCUUAAGUUUC